AUGCUUCAUGAUAUUUCGGCAUCAAGUGAGAUUCUGCAAGCUUAUCGUAGUUUUCCCCUCUCAGGCUUUCACCCCUUGACAGUUGAUAUGCGAAAGGUUCUUGAAGAGGCAGAUAAACCCAAGAAGGGAGGGAAGAAUAAAGGCACAAAGACGGUUUUGGAGGUUCCUAAUCAAACCGAGGUUCGCAACGAAGAAGAUGUUUCUUUUCAACCGAAGGUUUCGGAAAUGGCCACUACGAUUCCUGAGGUAUCUACUACAAUCCCAACUUUAGUUCCCAUUCAUGAAGAUUUUUUCCAAAGUUCUUUUGUCCCUUCUCCAACUGAUACUACUUCAACUCCUAUUACCAUAGCCUCAUGCCCACCUGUUUCAUUGGGUGUCUCACAAGUCUAA